AUGGGAGAUUUGGAGACUAGCUUAAUCCAUACACGAAAAACAUGUAGAAUAGAGCAAAUGGUAGCAAAAUGGCUUCAUCGCUCUCGGGACAGCGCACCCAGGGGCAGCGUGGCAGUGAUGGACAGUGCUGGGGACAGCGCAGCCCAGCCCCCCAGCCGGGCCAAGGUGACAGUCACGGUGUACAAGGACCUGGUGCUGCAGCACUACGGCUUCGAGAUCUGCCCCGGGCUGCCCCUGACCAUCGCCUCUGUCACGGCAGGGAGCACGGCCGACGGCAAGCUGCAGCCGGGGGACCAGCUCCUCUCCAUCAACUCCAGCGCGGUGGACGGGCUGUCCGUGGAGCGGGCGGCCAGCCUGAUCAGGGACGCCGGUGACGAGCUGCUCCUGACCGUCCUGCGCUGCGCGGCCGGUGGCCCCAAGUCGUCGUUCCUCACCGAGGAGAAGAGGGCGAGGCUGAAAACCAACCCCGUCAAAGUGCGCUUUGCGGAGGAGGUGCUGCUGAACGGACACUCGCAGGGCAGCUCCCUCCUGUUCAUGCCCAACGUCCUCAAGGUGUACCUGGAGAACGGACAGACCAAGGCAUUCCGCUUUGAGAGCAGCACCACUGUGAAGGACAUCGUGCUGACGCUGCAGGAGAAGCUGUCCCUCCGCAGCAUCGCGCACUUCGCGCUGGCGCUGGAGGAGCAGUACAACCUGGCCAAGAUCCACCUGCUGCACGAGGAGGAGCUCAUUGCACAGGUGGUCCAGAAAAGAGACUCUCACGACUACCGCUGCCUCUUCAGGGUGUGCUUUGUCCCCAGGGACCCCUUGGACCUCCUGCAGGAAGACCCGGUGGCCUUUGAGUACCUGUACCUGCAGAGCUGCAGCGACGUGCUCCAGGAGAGGUUUGCAGUGGAGAUGAAGUGCAGUGUGGCGCUGCGCCUGGCCGCUCUGCACAUCCAGGAGAGGAUCUCUGCCUGUGCCCAGCCACAGAAGGUGUCCUUGAAAUACAUCGAGAGGGACUGGGGGAUCGAAAACUUCAUCUCGCCCACCUUGCUUCGAAACAUGAGAGGGAAGGACAUCAAGAAAGCCAUCAGCUACCACCUGAAGCGGAACCAGGUGCUGCUGGACCCUCGGCAGAAGCACGCGCCCGGCGCGGCCCAGGUGCGCCUGAGCUACCUGCAGAUCCUGGGGGAGCUGAAGAUGUACAGCGGGAUGAUCUUCAAUGCCACCAUGAUGCUGCAGGACAGGGAGUCGUACGUGGCGCUGCUGGUGGGCGCCAAGCACGGCGUGAGCCAGAUCAUCAACAGCAAGCUGAACAUCGUCAGCAGCCUGGCCGAGUUCCCCAGCAUCAGCAGGGUGGAGCUCAGCGAGGACUCGGAGCGCGUGAGCACCGUCAAGAUCUACCUGCAGGACCUGAAGGUGCUUACUCUGCUGCUGGAGUCAAACAGUGCCAAGGACCUGGUCUGCCUCAUCGCUGGCUACUACAGACUCCUCGUGGAUGCAAACGCCUCCGUGUUCACCUGGGGAGAGAAAAAACAGCAGCUGCACCGUGUCUCAGCUGAGGAAGGGUACGAAUCCCGGGCCUGCAGCGACUCGGAGGACUCCUGGGAGCCGGGUCCCCGCGCGGAGGGGCGGCCGGAGCCCCGCAGCCCCGCGGCCAGCGGCGGCGGCCCGCGGGACACGGGCGGUGACAACGCCACCGACAGCACCUCCGAGGCGUCCGACUCGGCCAACACCGAGAGCCGGGGCUUCAAGACGAGCGGCUCCAGCGACUCCAUGGAUGCGCUGGAGGAGGAGGCGCUGGAAGCGUGCUCUUCCUCCAGGCCAGAGCUGCUGCGCCUCUGCACGCCCACCGUGCGGGAGAUGCGCAGCUCCGAGCGCAGCUUCGUGCCGGUGUGCGCCAGCCCCGCCGGCACCGGCACCGGCACCGGCGACUACCUGUGCUUCCUGCAGGUGCCGCCGGGGCCCGGGGCCGGCCCCGCGGGGCAGGGCGAGCGCUCGGCCGCUCGGGAGGGCUCCGAGGGGGACGCCGCGGGCUCCUACAGCCGGUGCUGCAGCGCAUCCCCCGCGGGCAGCGGCGCCGGGGACGGCGAGCCGGUCCUGCGGCCGCCGCCGGGCUUCGGGGACUCCAGCUCCGAGGAGGAGUUCUACGAUGCCGCCGACAGGCUCAGCCCGCCGGGGCCGGCAGGCUGCGAUACAGCAUCCUGGGAGGGCACAGAGACCUCCUCCUGCAUCCCACAGAGGCUGAGGUGCUACAGCCUGGGGGAGAACCCACCAAGGAGGGAGAAGCAGGGGCAGGAGAAGGAGCUGACCUACAGCAAGAGCCUGAGGAAGAGAAGGUCUUUCCUGAAAACUGACUACACCUCGCAGGUCAGUUUCCCUGCAGCUGCCCCAGGCUCUCCACAGCGCUGCUGCUCCUGGCCACCCACUCAGCCCCCGACAGAGGACACAGGGAAGGACAUGGAGAGGGGGAUUGCUGCAGCCCCCCGGGCCCAGAGGGACACUGCUGGCACAGACCCCUGCUCUGACCUGCUGGACAUGGAAGCUGACACCACGGAGACAAAGUCGGUGAUGGAAUGGCUGGUUGCCUCCCUUUUGGACGUUCACCAUCCUGGUGGCCAGUGUGGGGAGCAGGACAGCAGCCUCCAGCCACAGCAGCCCCCUUUGCUGGCCCAGGAGCCCCUUCCCCGAGGUCAGAGUGGAGCUGCCCAGGAGAGCUCCCCAGGGGAGGCAGAUCCCGGCUGUCUGGGCGAGGAGAGCCGUGUGCCCACUGCAGGCUGGCAGAGCCCGGCGCUGCAGGAGGAGGGGGGUGAGCUGGUGGGCACCCAGCACAAGGCCAGCCUUGUGCCCUCUGCUGCUGUGUGCCCCUCUGACCAGCUCGGGCUGCUGCCACCGGCUCCCGGCUCCAGCACGGCCCCUGCCCAGGAGCUGGCCCAGGAGCAGGGGCUGCUCCCUGCCAGCGUGGAGCCUUCCCUGGCUCCCUGGCACGAGAGCAAAGCCGAGCGCCAGAGCUGUGUCAUUGGCAAGGGCAGUGCCGACAGUCAGGGCAGUGCUGAUGGUCAGUGCCAUGCCCAGGGUCAGUGCCAUGCCCAGGGUCAGUGCCAUGGUGAUGCUCAAUGCCAUACUGAUGGUCAGUGUCAUGGUGAUGGUCAGUGCUGUGCUGAUGGUCAGUGCCAUGCCCAGGGUCAGUGCCAGGGUGACGAUCAGUGCCAUGGUGAUGCUCAAUGCCAUACUGAUGGUCAGUGUCAUGGUGAUGGUCAGUGCCGUGCCAGCAGCAGCUGUGAGGGGGCCGUGUCCCGGGCCAUGUCCCGGGCCGUGUCCCAGUCCUUGUCCCGGGCCGUGUCCCAGUCCUUGUCCCGGGCCGUGCUCCCGGGCAGGAGCUGGCAGGUGAGCGGGCAGACCCUGCACGGCGGGCAGGCGCGGCUCCCGGAGCCAGCCCAGCUCCUGGCAGACUGCAGCAGUGCCUCGGGGGUGCUCACCCGCCUCUCCUGGCUCUCACUCGGGCUGAGGACAGAGCCUGUGCCACUCAGCCCUGUGUCACACGGCCUGCAGGACAGGGGCCACGGCCCACUGCAGCCCUUGGCGUGUCUGACAACCCACGGGUGCAGGGCUGGUGGCAGGAUGGUGCCAGCAUCUCCUGCAGGAGGAGGCUCUGGCAGCUCAGGGCAGGCUGCAGGGCAGCCAGGAGACCCAAGAAAUGUGGCUCAGCAGCAGACCCAAGGAGACCCAGGAGACCCAAGAAAUGAACCCCAGCCUGCACAGGCUUCUCUCCCCAGAGAGCAGGCGGCAGGGCUGGGGAAGGACUCCUGCCUGCCUCCAUCUGCAGGGCUUGCCAUCUCCUCAGUCCCAGUUCCCUUGGGGCAAGGAGCAGGAGCCCACGGGGCUGCAAAGCACUCGUUCCUCUGCUUUAACCCCGAGCAGGGUGAGCAGAGCCCUGUGCCCCCCCUCGCAGCCGGGCCCUCCCCAGCCCCCCGAGGGCUGGACAGCUGCGGCUGCCGCCUGCCCUACAUCAGCUGCUUCCCGCAGCCCCACAGCCAGGGCGAGCGCGAAGCCAGCCCUCCCCGGCUGCCAGGACCCCUCACCACCCCUCCGUCCAGCAGCUGCAGCCUUCCCAGCACCCCCGGGAGCAGCUUCCCAGUCUCUGUUGCUGGGGACACGGCAGGGCAGGACCCCCACAUCCGAGUGCUGGGGCAGCUGAAGGACCAGGCGUGGGUGAGCCCUGCGGAUUUCUCCCACUUCCUGGCCUACACUGUGGAGCUGCAGGAGGUUGUGGGGAAGCUCUGUGGGAACCAGGCAACCCACCUGCACGACCAGUGUGCAGAGCAGGGUGUGGAGAGCAAGGGUGCCCUGGGCUGGGCUUCCCAGGACCUGCUGUCCAGCUGCCAGGCGCUGCUGAGCACGGAGCAGCCCCUCACGGAGGUGCAGCGUGCUCUGAGAGCCACCUUCGACCGCCUGGUGCAGCUGGCAGUGACCUGCUUCCAGGUGACACACUGCCGGCGGUGCAGGCAGCGGCAGCAGGAGCUGGGAGCUGCGCUGGGGGAUGUGGUGGGCACCUACCAGCAGCUGGUGCAGGCCCUGCACCAGCAGCUCCACGGGCAGGUCUGCCCUGAGCUGGGCACCAAGCUGCUCGCCCGCCAGCACACGGCCCUGGCCGCUGCCAUCUUCUGUCUCCUGCAGCAGUUCAGGGCGUCCCCGUGGCUGUGA